AUGCGCCUACCGAGUCUGAGUCUUGCCGGUGCCUUGCCACUGUUGGUAGUAGGAGGGUUAGCAGCAAGAACGCCAUCAAACCGAGCCUUGCAUCAGAAGACGGGCGAUUCCGCCAACUCAACCUCGUCUGUCAAGCCCAAGAAAUUCAUUAUCGAGGUCGAACAGGGGGUCAACCUCGAAUCCCUAUCGUCCAAGUUCUCGGCAGCCGGUGCCAAGGUCGUCCGCACCUUCAAGACCGACGUGUUCUCUGGUCUGAGCAUCGAGUCGGAUGAGCAGAAUGUGGACUCGCUUCAGCAGCUAGCUGGAAUCGCCCAAGCAUGGCCCGUUGGCAAGAUCUAUUUGGACCCUGUCGUUCCUGUAGCAACUUUCAGUGACGACGCCACUGCCGCCAACUACUCUGUCCAUGCGUUUACGGGAGUUGACACGCUCCAUAGCGCCGGUAUUUAUGGCAAGGGCGCCGUUGUCGCCAUUGUCGACACGGGGACCUACUACCCCCAUCCUGCGCUUGGAGGUGGCUUCGGACCUGGAUUCAAAGUUGUAGGAGGAUACGAUCUUGUUGGAGAUUCUUCAUGGCCAGUUGGCCCCAAGACUCCCGACACGGAUCCCCUUGACGUGCUGGGACAUGGCACGCAUGUUGCCGGAAUCAUUGCUGGAAAGUCAGAAUGGUUCACUGGCGUUGCCCCCGAGGCGGCCCUGCUCUCGUUCAAGGUGUUCAGCGAUGUCGAUAGCACAGAUGAAGAUACUCUUGUCGAGGCCUUUCUUUUGGCCUACCAGGCCGGGAGGAUAUUGCAGGCCGAUAUCAUAACAUCCAGCAUCGGCGGCACGAGCGGAUGGUCUGAAGGAGCCUGGGCUACGGUUGCUUCGCGCCUUGUUGACCAGGGGAUUGUCGUCACCAUCUCGGCUGGUAAUUCAGGCGACGACGGCCCCUUCUAUGCCAGCUCGGGAUCCUCGGGCAAGAAGGUCAUUGCUGUGGCAUCAACAGACGCCAGCGUGAUUGCGGCGCCGCCUUUCAAAGCCGCCUUUACCCUCAAUGGAGUCUCGAACGUGACGUACCUGGGUUACGAGCCCGACGUAAACUCGGCGCUCUGGGAUGUUCCCACCGAUCUCCCAAUAAUCCCGGUUUCUUUCGAUACUGCGAAUCCCGCAGACGCUUGCACUCCGCUCCCUGGAGAUACGCCAGACCUCUCUGGCGGCAUCGCCCUGAUACGUCGAGGCACCUGCAACUUCUCGGUGAAGCAAGCAAAUGCUGCCCAGUUUGGCGCCAAGCGGAUCCUGUUCUACAACAAUGAGAACCCCAUCAUCAAUCCGGGUAGCGUCGACCCAGCCAUCCCCGUCGCAAUGAUUGACGCCAAGGCUGGCGCGGCCAUCAUCGCAACCGUGAAGGCAGGGGGCAACGUGACGGCCAAUUUUGCCAUUCCCAGUGACUCCAGUUGGGCAGUGGGCCUGUUCAACUCGGCUGGUGGUAUCCCGUCUGAAUACACCAGCUGGGGCACCACCUUUGAGCUCGAGAUUAAGCCCGAUGUUGCUGCUCCCGGGCGCAAUAUCUACAGCACAUAUCUCGACGGCUGGGCGGUCUUGUCAGGGACGUCCAUGGCCUGUCCGUACGUCGCCGGCAUUGCCGCCCUCUACGUCGGCAAAUACGGCGGCCGUUCCGUGCACGGCGCCGGCUUCGCCAAGAUGCUCGCCAACCGGAUCAUAUCGAGCGGCGCGGCCGUCCCUUGGCAAGUCGCCCAGCCAACAAGCCUCCCUAUUGACUUUGGCUUCUGGGCCCCUGUGCCACAGGUCGGAAGCGGGCUCGUCAACGCGACCAAGGUGCUGACGUCAACCACGUCGCUGGUCUUUGACAAGUUUGCCCUCAACGACACGGCACAUUUCAGCCGCUACCACGAUGUGCUCAUCACCAACAGCGGCAACAAGCCCGUGACGUACAAGUUCUCCCUCCAACCGGCUGGCGCCUUCAACGUCCAGUCCCCCAACUACCCGUCCUAUCUCGCCGUGUUCUACGAGCUUGAGCCCUUCAGCCUCAUGCCCAGCGUGAGCUUCCCCUCGGGCACCUUCACCGUCGGGACGGGCCAGACGAAACGAGCACAGAUCAACUUCGACAUCCCCAAAGGCUCCGACGCGUCGGGCUGGCCCGUGUACAGCGGCAAGGUGCUGGUGUCGGGGUCUAACGGCGACGAGCUGAGCAUCCCGUACGCGGGGGCGGCGUUCGACCUCAAGAACUCGCUGCGGCGGCAGAUGUUUGCCGACGGCACGCCGUUCCAGGUGUCCGGGCCCAACCGCGACGACAUCUCCAUCUACCACACGUACGACUUCAACCUGUCGUGGUCGGCGCAGUCGUUCCCCAAGGUCUACGCCGACUUCAAGUUCGGGCCGCGCGAGCUGCGGUGGGACAUCUUCGAGGCCGGCUGGCGCGAGGCGCGCUGGAGCACGUACCCGCCGGUGCCGGGGAAGAACGGUUUCGUCGGCAGCGCCACGUACUGGCUCGAGUCGGACUCGUACUGGGCGUUCGACCCUGACACGAUGGAUAAGGAGCUGACGAUCCCGUUUCCGCUAACGCUGCUCACGCGCACGAGCACCUGGAGCUGGUACGACCAGGGUUUCUGGUGGUUUGGCAAGCUGGCAAAUGGGAGCUAUAUUGCGCCUGGAAACUACACAAUGAGAUUUGCUGCGCAGAUUCCGUUCAGCGACCCAACACACUCGGACAAUUGGCAUGUCUGGCAGGUUCCUCAAAUAACCAUUCUGCCGUAUUCCCCCUGAAAAUCUGACAUUGAGUCAACUGAGCGAGAGAAAGAAUGAGAUGAUAUCUUGCAGACGGUAUCACCCAGGAUCCACCACGUUCAUCAUCCAUGCAUCAAACCCAAAUACGCCCGUUCCUUAUUUUCAGCCUAGUCGAGGAAGAAGUCCUCCCUUUGGUGUUCCUCAGUCCGAGCUCGAAAUGGAAUAUGGAACUCAUGGCGAAUCGCGAAUCGGAGCAGUUUAGUUUGAUGCGAGGACGCUUCAAACAUCCUGCCUAGCAGGGAUGACGAGCAAUGCUUGAAAACCAUUCGCGGGGCAUGCUGCCACUCAGGAACCAGGAUAGGCACCCAACAGUACCUACUUAAAUAUGCACGGAUCUUGUCAUCAUCGAUUGGAAUCU